UUUGCAGUGCGUUUGUGGUGAUAAAUAGCGUGAAGGAUGCCACAGAUGAAGUUAUCCGCGGCGCGAAGGUGCAUCAUUAUGGAUAUUGAUAUUUCGGCGGACAGUACCCCCAUGCAUGAGGCAGCCCACCGGGGGCGAGUGUUGGCGCUGAAGCAGCUGAUCGACAACGGAGACCCCGUCAACAUCGUCACGGUGGACAACGCCACGCCGCUCCAUGACGCGUGCAUACACGGCAAUCCACACUGCGUGCGCCUGUUGCUCCAAGCAGGCGCGCAGAUUGACGUGAGGAAUAUCCAUGGUAGCACGGCCCUGUGUCAUGCCUGUGCAGUAGGAAGUGUGGCUUGUGUGAUGCUGCUACUGGAAUACGGCGCGAAGAUCAACCCCACCCUCACCGCACUCACUGCCACACCCCUACACGAAGCUUGCAACAAAGGAAACUCUGAGUUGGUGCGACUCUUGAUUGGCAGGGGUGCUCAGUUAGAGACCUACGAUAUCCACACAGGCAGUCCGCUCCACACAGCCUGUGCCAAGGGGCACACAGAGUGCGCAUUUGAGCUGCUCAAUGCAGGAGCUGAUGUGACGGCCUCCAACUUCCAUACCACAGCCUUGCACCACGCUGCACGGUCCGGGUCAGCUGACCUCAUCGAGCUGCUCAUGGAGUUUGGAGGUGAUCUCUAUGCCAGCGACACCAAGAACAAGAGACCACUGGACUACACCGCCCCCAACUCCCCUGCACGCCUUACUCUGGCCCAAUACCUCAAUGCCCCUCUGUCUCUGCAGCAGUUAUGCAGGAUCCGAGUGAGGAGAACUUUGGGCACCAGAGCUCUGGAGGUCUUACCCCAGCUUGGCCUGUGUCGCCUCAUUUUGGACUAUCUGUGUUAUAAAUAACUUACGGAAAAUACAGAAAUACUUUAUUAUGUACACUUUAAAUAUACUUACACAUUUUUAUAAAAUGCUUUUUUUUUACAAAUAAAAUCCAAAAACACACUUCACCACAUCAUAUGCACACACAAAACACACACAUGCACACACAUGCUGUUAAUGAGCCCACUGUAAAUAAAUAUUUGCUGUGUUGAAUAUGUUUUCAUGUG